CCUGCCGGCGGGGCCGCCCCGCGCUCCGCCGCGCGUUACCGGCCGCGUCCCCCGCGGGGCUGGGGCGGGGGGAUCGAGCCUUCGCUCCCUUCCCCGGGCGGGCUGGGCAAGGGGGCCGGGCGGAGGGAAGGCGGCCGGGGUAGCCCGGUGCGGUCGAUGCUGGCUGUCCCGCCCGCCGGCUCAGCCCGGGCUGCGGCAGGCUGGUGGCGGCGGUCGGGACCCAGCGGGAGCCCUCCGGGCUCCGUUCCCCUUCCCUCCUUCCGCGGCGGGCGGAGCUGGAGGAUUUUCUCCCGCUGCGUCCCCCUCGCUGCCCCCCAGACAUGGUAGGUCACCUACAGCUGCAAGGGAUGGACGACAGCCUGAAGGAGAAGAGCCGGGAAGGCUUGUUGGACAGCCCGGAUUCGGGGCUGCCCCCCAGCCCCAGCCCCCCUUUCUACUCCCUCUCACCCGGUGAGGGCAGAGCUGGGGGCAGCGGCGGCGCGGACCCCCCGGCGCCGGGGCACCAGCGAGAGGCCAAGGACGGCAAAGUGAUGCCUUACCUGCUCCUGAACCCAUCUGUGCCAGAGACCAGGCCUCGAAUGUACCCUGUGUUUUUUGGAGAAAGCAUUGAGGUCAGCCCUGAGCCUGUGCAGGAAAUCAGGUGCAAUUCCGAGGUGAAGUACGAGUCGGAGCGGCAUUACCGGGAUGACAUCUUCUACAGCCCCAUCCCCACCGUCACCACCUACCGCGAGACGGUCAUCGCCGCUCCCGACUGCACCUGGCGGAACUACAAGUCCCAGCUGAUCUUCGAGCCCCGCCAGAAGCCGCUGAGGUUUCAGAGCACGACCAUCAUCUUCCCUAAACGUGCCAAGAACAUUUACCGGACCACCCUCAGCUACAGCUUGGGUUGUGCCAAGCGUUGGUUCGCUUCCAGCGUGCAGCUGGAGCUCUGCGAGGAAACCAGCCCCUCCGUCAUCUGCAGCGAGACCCUCUGAUGUGCCCCUGCCCUGGGCAACCUUGUGAGCUCAGGGAGGCUGUGGCCUCUGCUGCCUCUCUGGCUGGGCCCUCUGAUGGCAACUGAAUAUUAAUGGCUGGAGAACACGUUGUCUGGGGUGAGGCUGAGCUGCCUGGGGGGAGGCUUGCAGGGCAGGGGGUGGUUUUGACCAGUGAAAGGCUGGCUUGUAGUUGGUGAUGUUCCUGACAUUCAUGAUCUGGAGUUUAUUUUUGGUUGGGUUUUUUUCCAGGCAUAUCUAUUCAUCUGUUUAGAUAAAGGACCCUAUGACCCAUAGCAAAGUACUGCCUUGUGUGCUCUGUAGUCCUGGCCUAGCACAUAGGUGAGACUCGGUGUAACCUUCAGAGCUAUUUUGAUCUCUGCAAGGGGAAGACCAACGGCAGAGUCAGCAUCCAGUCACCCAGCGUCCACCAAGCCAGGUGUCUUAGAGUUUAAAUGCAGAGGAGGCAGUUAUUUGUACCAAUACAUCACAGCUUGCUCUAGCAGUUCACCUGGGAGAGAGCUGUGAUGCUACACCACUGCAGUAACUUCAGGCCUCGCUUGGAAGAGUGGGCACUGUCACCAGGAAAAAGGGAACAGACUCACAGUGCUCUUGCUAGCAGCUGGGUGUUUAUAUACCACAGCAGGGAACAGCACAAACGGGGUGAGAGGAGGGCCCACCCCAACUCAUGGCCACCUCUCCUGUGAGCCCAGGCAGGAGUGUGCAGGGGAGCCUGAGGAAACUGAACAGUGAUUUAGGACCCUGGUGCCCUUUUUCUUGUCACUCCAGGGGUGCCAUGCUGUUUGUUGGCUCAGACACUCAGUUUACAGAGAUCUUUAGGUGCUUGCAACCCUUUGGAGUUUCAGGGUAUGUCUGUCUUGCAGAGAGGAGUAUGGUACAGAAUGAUGCUGUCUAGCUUCAAAGAAGCCAGUGCAGGGUUAACUCAUGGGCAAGGUUACUCACCCUCCUGAUAGUUUCUGUAUCUGUGGCAUGGACAGCUUUGCUGACUGUGGAGGAGCAGCCAAACUUCCUCAAUGUAGAGCUUGAAGUAUUGAAGAGCCCAAACAGGUUGUCCUCAAUCAGCCAGACUGUAGCAAUUCAACAGGUACUUGGCAAACAGCUGAGCUGUGUCUGCAAAAGGAUCAAGAAACACUGAGAGAGCUGGAGGCACUACAGCCAUCCUAAGGUAACCCAUUCCCCACUCAUGAGUCACAUCUGCUGGGAUCUCUUUGGUAGCUCACUGAAAACCUGCAAGAGCCUGGAUUCCCACAAACAUAUAACCUGUGAAAAUAGCAUGGAAUUGUCUCCAGAAAUGUCACCAAGAGUCUCUGCACGCUGUUCAGAAGAGCCCAGGCUUACAGAAUAACCACACAGCUCCAGAAAUUAACUCCCAGCUUUCCCUCUUCUCGACUUUCCAUUUUGUUCCUGACUUGCUGUGAGUCUGAUGGAGUUAUUUCAGAACACAAGUGAGCAGCCAAGUCCCAAACCCUAUUAACAAUGUCAACAAGAUGCAGCUGAUUGCCCAGAAGAGCUGACGCACGAACCCACAGACACAAAACCAAAAUACAUCUGAAAAACCCAAAAACUAAUAAUAACCAAUAGUGACUUACAAAGAGAUUUUUUCCAUUGGUUUCAAAAGGCAAUUGGUAAAUGUGACCAGAACUGUGACCUUUAGAAAACAGAGUUCUCUUGUUUAAAAUGAAGCACAAGUUUUCCACCAGAGGUAAAUGUGAGAUCUUCUUAUACCAGCUGAAGUCCUGACAGCUGAGGCAUCAUUAGCACUGAAAGAUGUGUGCUGUGGCAGUGAUGAGCUCUGCCUCUCUCUUUGAGACUUAGGACUUGGUAGGGAGAGAAAUCUCUCAAAGGAUUCCCAAGGCUUCCACCUACUGUUGAAGUCUUUUCAGCAAGGCAGAAACAAAGACUCCGUUUGUUAUUAGUCAGAUUUUGCUGUCACUGACUGUCAGCAUCAAAGCCUGCAAAAGCAACAUCUGCCUCCAAAGGGAUUAUUGUGCCUGAAGCAACCCUUCUUCCCAGAGCUCCAGCAAACAUGUGCUGUGGGGGAGGGUGUCCUUAGGCAGGAGGGUGGCUGAAGCCAGGAUGGAUGUGGUCCCAAGUGCAGUGCCAGUCAGUGAUGUGUGUGCUUGGUAGCUCACCUUGAGGUCUGUCCUAUUGGCCAGGUGCUGGUGACUGAGCCUUGUGAGCAGUGAAAAUCCUCCUCUGCCAUCUUGGGUGCUUCCUGAAGGCUCUGGAGGGCUCUUUCCACACACUUGUGAGACUGUGGCAGAGGGAGUAGGUUUCCAAGCUGAGCAGCAGUGUAAUCCAGGUUCAAAGCAGGGCCAUACCCUGCGUGGUGCCAGGUUAGACUGCAGGCAGCUUCACUGAGCAAGCACAGAGACAGGCUGACCUCCAACCCAAGGGAUGCCAGAGACUCCCUGUUCUGACCAUACAUCAGGUUUUUCUCCUGUUAACAGUUGGGUUAUUUCCCUCCUCCAAGCACAAAGGUGCAGGUUUUAUAUCAGGUUGGUCUUUGGGCAGCACAAGUGCUUCCCCAGAAGAUCUUUUAUCAUGGCCAGCUGCGGGCUCCUGCCUGCUUUGUCUGCUGCUAGUUCUGCUUCCUCAACACUGGCUGCAACAGGCACACACAAAAGAAUUCAAAGAAACCCACAAUACUGGUGUGCAAGUACAAAGCCAGUGGAGAGACCUGACCCACAGGCUGCUCUGUCACCCUGCAGGGCCAGGGCUGCUCAGGCAAAGCCUCACAGGUGGAUGUGACCCCUGGGAGGGUGCAACAGAGAGCUGCAUCCUUGGCACUGGAUGGUCCCCACACAGCCAGGCCAGGCUUCUUUGAAGUUUCAUGCUUUGUUUUCUCUACAAAUAGAGCAGAAAUGACCUAACAUGCUCCUGCUCCUUUGAGCUUAAGCAACUUUUCUGGUUUUGCCAUGUCAGGAAAAGAAAACCCCAAGAGAGCAGCUUGGGUUUCCAGGCUGCUGAGCACACUUGGAGCUGUCUAGCCAUGGGCAGGCCGUGGUGGGCUACCACCCUGGACCACAUCCAAGCUGUGACACAGCCAAGUGCCUGAGAUCUGUAGAAAAACUUUGACAAAUACCUUCUUCUGUGGUGUCUCCCAUGGGCCAGUCACAAGCUGCUUUUCUUCUCAGUGAUCUGUGGCACUGGAAAAGGACUUGUGUUUUUCCUGAGGACAAGAAAACCACAGAGGGUCAAGUCUUCCCCCUUGCCUGGGCGCACAGGCCUCCCUGCCAGCGCACCCUCCAUCCCUGUGGCUGGGUUAGGCAGUGGUAGAAGAGCCAAAGUUCAUCUUGCUCAUCACUGGGAGAAGUGAGACUUUUGUUUUGCCUAAACACCAGGAACUGAUUGCUCUUUAACACGUUGCCAGUUGAGAGUGGCUCUGAGCAGCCCAGCAGGGCCUUACCUGGUGUGCUCUACAUCCAAAAGCCCAAUGAGUCCUGUGGUUUUCUUUUAGAUGGAGCAGUAUUAAUGUCAACCAACAGCUCUUUGGCCACGUGUGUUUUCUCAGAGAUACAGGGGCUGGAUACAGGCUGUGGAACUGCUGCUCAGGAAGGAGAGUUUCCCUGAGCAGCUGGGACCGUGCCCACACCAUCACCCCCCGGGCUCCUGCUGCGCCUGGCACCCACGGGCCUGGGAGCCUGAUGGGCAAACUCACACUCUGCCUUGAGUUAUUUUCUGCUUUUCUGAGAUCAGAGACUUUCCCAGAAGGAUAGUUUUUUCUGGGAGGAAGGUAGUUCUCUUCAAUCUCUGUCUCAAAGUUGUGGGCUUUUCCCUUCAUCCCCUUGUCCCUGUGAUUGUUUUCCCCUGGAUCCAACCGAGCAGGCUCCUGUCUGUUCUGCUGCAUUGCUGCCUUUGCCUUGGGGGCCAAAAAGAGGGAACCUUAACUAAAUAUUGAACUUUCAGAUUCUGCAGAAUACUUUGCACAAAUUGCAGAGAACAACUUUUGACCAAACCUGUUUACUGCUUCUUUUCCCUUUGUUUUAGUUGAUGUUGUUUUUCCUAAGCCAGCUCUACUUUCCUCAAUGUGAAUUACAGACAGCUUUGCACCCUGGGUGCAUACGUUCUGGGAAUGAUGAAAUGAGGUUUGGGUGUUGAUAGCAGUGUUUGAGUGAGCUGCUGGUCAGAGAAGUGAAUGCUGUUUACUAUUUAUGUUGAGUGUGUCUUUAAAAAAUAAUGGGAAGGGUCACUAGAAAGCAAAAGGCUUUGUAAAGCAAACUGAAGACUAAAGGCUGUGUGAAUCUGGUCUAGAGGCGAGUGGUUCUGUGUGAACACUGUGAGCUAGGAUAUUUAGCCAUUGUGGUUUUAAUCUGCCUUCUUUCCCUGCAGGGAAGGGCAUCCUUGCCUUCUCUAGAACUGAAACAAAACCAGAUCCAUCCUCUGUCCCAGUCCUUCAGACCCACUGAGGUCUGUGAGCAUCGGCGUUCCCCGGGCUCGUGAGGGUCUGUGUGUAUCCAGCACGCAUGUGCAGAACUGUGUCUCUCUAGAGAUGGGAGAACCCUUUGUAGGGAAUGAGGGAUCUUGGUGUGGGAUAUUCACAUUUCUACUGCCAGGCACACUCUGCUCCCUGAGGAUCACCCUGUCACUCACAAAUUGACCCGUUCUGAACAUUUGCCCUAAAGCUCUCCUGUAAGCGUUGUAUUUCAGAAGGCUUGGGACGCACUCAUUUGUUCUUCCACAUACUCUAGUUGCCAUCAAAAUAGGCUAAGUAUCCUACCAUGUGAAUCGUGACCUGGAGAGGGGGUUGCAAGGUGGCUGAAGGUUGGAGAAGGAGGAAGAGACCAGACAAGUGAUGGAAAUGCAUAAGGAUGUGUCAUAUUUUUAUUUUUGUAAGUCUGAUUCUCCCCAUGCCUGUACAGUCCUUUUCCAUUGUAUAUGUGGUGGUGCAGUAGUUCACAAACCCUUUUAUUUUUGUAUAUUCCCCACUCCACAAUAACCCCUUUCUGUUCAACUCAUAGAGAGUAAUUUAAGAAGACAAGAUUUAUAUAUCGUAAUAAAAUGCUCAAAGUGUCACGUUGAA